AUGUCCUUCACCCCCUGGCAACCUCAACGCCCUUUUGUCAACUUGCCAACGACGGCUCGGACUGUAAGGAGUGUUUCUAAAUCCAAUGACACCAAAGAGGACAAACAUGAUAGUUCCACCAUGGUUGACUCUGAAGGGCGGCCAUGCAAGCCGAGCAAACACGACACUACACUCAUGGGGAGGACCUUGAACGUAUUACCGAAAAAGCACUCACGACUAGGGCAACCCAAGGAUAUACCGGUUCAAGGAUUACAAGAGUGUCUUGCGUACGGGCAGCAACCAUUUGGGACGGCACUGGUACAACCCGUCUACAAGUUCAAUGGCGUCGACGGGUAUCAGCUCCAUGCAUAUACAACAGUCUACUACUUGAAUGGGACUUGGCAACUGUGGCUCGUAUGCAAACCAAAUACGGAAGACAUAGCAUUCAUGACGAGGGGACUAAACAAAUGGGGUACACCAUACGAUUUGCAGGCUGCUCCGGACGACGCUGCAGUCAUGGAUAAUUCGGAAACAGCAGGAUUGAGAGGACGAACCGAGGAUCCCGUCAUCGUACCGGCUCGAGAAGUACAAGCGCAUCUGCAGGUCGGGCACGGGCGGCAACUCGAGUCUCCGAGGCUUGAUUCGACAACGACUGACAAAUCGAGUGGCGGCAGGAGGAAACUACGUUAUACCGAAGCGAGCGACUUGAAUGGGGCCAGGUUAAUACGUGGGCCAGUCGGGAAGGGAUUAGACGCGCUGGUUGAUAAUUUUCGAGGUGAUUCUCAAGAUCCUGUAGCAGACGACUUGCAAAGCGACGCGGACUCUGAUGCCACCACGAAGAUAGCUUACGAAGACCCUCUAAGGCUGACCAAGGACUUCACACCGGACCUCAUACCAACUAGGAUGGAUAACGAGGACUCACUGGCGAUUUGUAGCGAAUAUGACUCGGACGCUACAGCGAAGCCAGAUCGAGCUCGAAGAGAUUUACCUCGGUAUCCGAGUUAUGAAGACUUGGACAACCAUGAGUUCUUUGGACGGCGCAUGAUCACGAACGGAAGCAUUGACGAAGUUUGCAGUGACGCAGGGUCUAGCAGCUCGAGCGAAGACGAGGACUACGAUGAUGACGGCUCAUCUAAUGGCAUGCACGCAGAGGAACCCGUCGAUAACAUUGGCGACGACGAAUCGGCCUCAGACGACGAUGCGCCCCCUCACGAGUUCUCGUACGAAGAGCUACUGCCGUAUCGCAAUACAGGGUGGCUCCACGUAGCGCCGUACCUCCGAUAUCCCGACUACGAGUUGCAGUCUGAUAUCCGCAACGUGCGCGGGCGACUGCCUGAAUCGUCAGUUCGAGGCCUUGAACGCUAG